AUGGCCAAAGAAGACGAAAUGUAUAUUGCAUUCGGUUACAUUAUUUACUCACUGUCGCUGGUGCUAUCAGUGGCAGGAAACUCCCUCGUUCUUUUUGUUUGCUACCGUUCAAUAAAGAGGCAAGGGUGUUUACUAAAAUGGUUCAUAGCCAAUCUAGCCGUCGCUGAUCUAACGUUUGCAUUGUUGUCUAUACUAGACGCGAUAGCCGAUCACUGGACCUGGGUUGGAGGAAAGAUCACUUGUAAGCUGCAAAGUUUCUUCAUAGAAGCCUGUUAUACAUUAUCCAUAACAACCCUUUCUCUUAUAAGCUUUGAGCGACUCAAGGCUGUUGUUGAACCAUUUCGACGAAUAGCGAUUACUACGGAGAGUGUAUACAGAAAAUUGAUUAUCUCGUGGAUUGUUAGCUUGCUAGUUGCCUCACCCUUACUUUAUGCCUACCAGACGCAAGCUAACGACGAAGGAACAAUUCUCUGCACCAACGACACGCUUGGAGAUUUGGGAAGACAAAUCUACUACAGUAUUCAUGCCAUUGGUUUUUUCCUGGGUCCUCUUAUCUUCAUGAUUUAUGCCCAGGCUAAAAUCUUCUCAACUCUGCGCUCUAGCGCAAAGGUUUCUCCCAGAAAAAAUACUUUUACAGCUAUGCGUUCCAGACAGCAUCUAAAGGUCGCCAAACCUCUAGCAGCUCUUACAUUAGCGUUUGCAGCUUGCUGGUCGCCCUUUUUCUUUGUUCGAGCGUUGAGAUACUUUCACGUAACAAACGACGAGUACAUGUGGAGAGCAACGCAAUUUUUGAUAUUUUUGAACACGUUAUUAGAUCCAAUAAUUUAUGGUAUCUACAGAGAGCGCGAGAAUGUUAAAGCAGUUUUCAAACUCUUAUUCUCCUGUGCAAAUAUUUAG